AUGCCCAACAUUUACGAACUGGAGAAUUUAUUUUCUUUGGACAUCGUCAUAAGAACUGUAAAUUUUUAUUCGGAAUUAACUUUCUAUGCUGACGACGUUUACGUCACAGUUCAUUUCUCCGAGUUCCCUAAUCUGAUCAUUCAUAACAACAACAACAACAACAACAAUAAUAAUAAUAAUAAUAACCAAAAUUAUGACGUAACAUUCAAUAGAGGAAAGUCUCUGAAAUUUAUUACGUCACUUCGAGGUGCUAUUGAUAGCAUUGCCAAAAAUAAACUCUGGCUAUCAUUAUCAGUAAUCACCUCCACUACCACCACCACCAACAACAACAAUAAUAACAAUAACAACAACGUCAAUAGUAACAGCAACAACAACAAUACAAAGCAGACGGCAUUUCUCGCGUAUUCAUCACUAUCCUUGGAACAUCUGUUCACGGAAGUAGCGGAAUACCUGAAAAAAUCAAAGACGCUAAAUCACGUCUUGAAAAAAAGAAAUUUAAAAGUGGACUUGAACGAUCUCAACAACGAUUACAUCGGCUUUAUUGAACUGAUAUGCGUUCUGCACUGUUUUGGGCCAGUGUAUGCAAUAAGCAACAACAACAAUAAUAAUCAUAAUCAUAAUAAUCAUAAUCAUAAUAAUCAUAAUAAUAAUAAUUCAAAGCGAGUAGAAACCGUUAUAGAUUAUGAUGUUGAAGAGGUAUUUCAUGACAACAGUCACGUCAACAAUUAUAACAACAACGCAACAGAAAGAAACAUUAAUGCCAACAAAUACACCAACAAAAACCUCAACAAACACAUCAACAAAGGCAUCAAUAGCAACAUCAACAGUGACGUCAUCUACAAAAGCAACAACGAACUCAAGAAAGAAAAGAGUAAUGGUAAUAAAAAAAUCAUCCCCAAAAAGAGCGGAAAACCAAAAGAUAGAAACAAUUUGAAAUUCUAUGAAAAUACUCCUACUAAUAAUAUUAAUAACAUCAAAAGAAACAUUAAUAAUAAUAAUAAUAAUCAUAGUCAUAAUAACAAUAAUAAUAACCGUAAUAAUAAUAAUAAUUAUAAUAAUUUUCCCAUGUUAACGAGCCUGGCAGCCGAGCUACAUGGCAUCGCUUCAUCGUACAAUGCUAUAUAUAACUUUUUAUCGGUAAACAACAACGGUUUUCCUAAUAAUAAUAAUAAUAACAACAAUAAUAAUAAUAAUAAUGGAGAUGACGAUGAAGAUGAUGAUGAAGAGGAGGAAGACGAAGAUGAUAAACUGUGUCAAAAUUGUCGGAAGCUUAAGAUGAUUCCGAACUCGCUUAAGAGAAAACCUCGUAAGAUUGACAAAAUAGGGAAAGAGACUCUUGAUGACGAUGACGAUAAUAAUAAUAAUAAUAAAAAUUAUGAUGAUAAUGAUAAUAAUAGUGACGUAGGAAAUAAUAAUAAUCAUAAUAAUAAUGCGUUAUCAACCAAGCGUUUCAAAGCUCCAGUGCCACUGCCGAAAAAUAAAAAUAAUAAGAACCUUGAAAUUUUGAACAAUAACAAUAAUGAUGACGAUAAUGAUAAUAAUAAUAAUAAUAAUAAUGGGAAAUUGGGAAAUUCCCUGAAACCUAUAAAUAGGAAGGUUAUCCCAAAUUGGAAGACUCCCGUUCCCACCCCGAGGUUCAGCAUCAGCGAAGCUUCUGGGAUCAAUAAUAAUAACAAAAAUAAUAAUAAGAAUAAUAUUGAUAAUAAUAACAAUAAUUAUGGAAAUAAUCAUAUUAAUAAUAUUAAUAAUGAUGAUGAUGAUGAUGAUUAUUGCGGUGAUGAUGAUGAUCUUAAGUAUAAAUCGAAUGUCGGUGGUAAUAUAAUGUUUGAAAAAAACAAAAAUAAUGAUUAUGAUGAUGAUGGUGAUACUGCUGAUGAUGAUGGUGAUGGUGAUGAUGAUAAUGGUGGUGGUGGUGGUGGCUCUGACGAUGACGAUGGCGAUUUCAAAUUUGACAAAUUUAACUCUAAGGCAUUGAAUUCUGACGACGAGAAUGAUGAAGCAGAUGACAUCUUUGAAGAUUUAAAAAUAGAAAAAGAUGAUGAUGAUGAAGAUGAUGAUGAGGAGGGGAACGAUGAUGACCACAAAAGAAGGAAUAGUAAUAACAAUAAUAAUAAUGAUGAUGAUGACGACGACGAUGAUGGUGAUUACAACUAUGAAGAUGAUUUUUUAAAAGAGGACGACGAUGAUGACGAUGAUGAUAGUGAUGAUUUGGAAAGCAAUAACAACAAUAAUAAAUCUGAUAAUAAUAAUAAUAAUAAUAAUAAUGAGGAUGAUAAUGAUGAUAACAAAAAAACUGGUGAACCUUUAGUCGGAAUAGUCCCAAAUUUAAGGUGUAUUGUCGAUAAAUAUUCCGAUAAUGAAGAUGACUAG